GGACGGAGGCGGCGGCGGCGGCGGCGGGAGCGGGCGCGGGCGCGGGAGUGGAGCAGCCGCCGCGGGACCGACAGACCGAGCCUCGCCGGCGCACCUGCCCGCAGCGCCCGCGGAGCGGCCCGAGCGCGACCAUCUCCCGGAGCGGCGGCCGAGGCGGCUGAGGCGGCGGGGAGCGGGCGCGGCAGGCGGGACGCGGUGUCGAGACAGUUUUACAUGUUUUGGAGACCAGACCAGAAGCACUUCUGAAUUAAGAUCUAAGAUUCUUUGAGGUGGCUUUGAAGAGCACUAAGAUUAGAAGAUGAGUGAACUUGACCAGUUACGGCAGGAGGCCGAACAGCUUAAAAACCAGAUUAGAGAUGCUAGAAAAGCGUGUGCAGAUGCAACUCUCUCCCAGAUCACAAACAACGUCGACCCAGUGGGAAGAAUCCAGAUGCGUACCAGGAGAACGCUGAGGGGGCACUUGGCCAAAAUCUACGCCAUGCACUGGGGCACGGAUUCCAGGCUUCUAGUUAGUGCCUCACAGGAUGGUAAGCUUAUCAUCUGGGAUAGCUACACCACGAACAAGGUUCAUGCCAUCCCUCUGCGUUCCUCGUGGGUCAUGACAUGUGCAUAUGCCCCUUCUGGCAACUAUGUGGCCUGCGGUGGCCUGGAUAACAUUUGCUCCAUUUACAAUCUGAAAACUCGUGAAGGGAAUGUACGUGUGAGUCGUGAACUGGCUGGACAUACAGGUUACCUGUCCUGCUGCCGUUUUCUGGACGACAAUCAGAUUGUUACCAGCUCUGGAGACACCACCUGUGCCCUGUGGGACAUCGAGACCGGCCAGCAGACGACCACGUUCACUGGACACACCGGCGAUGUCAUGAGCCUUUCGCUCGCUCCGGACACCAGACUGUUUGUCUCUGGUGCUUGUGACGCUUCAGCCAAACUCUGGGACGUGCGAGAAGGGAUGUGCCGGCAGACCUUCACCGGCCACGAGUCCGACAUCAACGCCAUCUGUUUCUUUCCCAACGGCAAUGCGUUUGCCACUGGCUCGGACGAUGCUACCUGCAGGCUGUUCGACCUCCGUGCGGAUCAGGAGCUCAUGACUUAUUCCCAUGACAACAUCAUCUGUGGGAUCACCUCCGUCUCCUUCUCCAAGAGCGGGCGCCUCCUCCUCGCAGGGUACGACGACUUCAACUGCAACGUCUGGGAUGCCCUCAAGGCCGACAGGGCAGGGGUCUUGGCCGGGCACGACAACCGCGUCAGCUGCCUGGGGGUGACUGACGACGGGAUGGCCGUGGCAACAGGGUCCUGGGACAGCUUCCUCAAGAUCUGGAACUAACACCAACAGCAGCAGGUGGACGCCGCUGUGACUGGAAGACCAUUCCAACCUUGGAGCGUUACAGUGAUAGCAUUUCCAAUCCACCCCUACUAACGCGGACGCCCUGCACCCCUCAGAACUUCAAAAGGGCAAGACCUUUUCCCUUCACUUAUUGCUGAAACCAAGAGCACAAUUCCCAUUACGAGAAGAAUCUCUGUGCUGUAAACUAAAACAAAUCGUGCAUUCCUUCCGGGACCAUUGUCUUUGUUUUUCUUUUUUUUUUUUUUUUUUUCUUUUUGUCUUGAAUAAGUUUAAAAGGAAAUACUAUAAUAAAAAUGUUAACCAGAAGGUAAA